AUGAACCCUGCAAAAUGUGCUUUCGGGGUCCUUGCCGUUAAGCGACUAGGUUUCAUAUUGAGCCGCCAGGGAAUUUCGCUGGAUCCGUCAAAGAUGGAAGCCAUCCAGGAUCUUCCACCACCAAGGAACAAGAAGGACAUGAUUAGGUUCUUGGGGCAUCUCAAUUACAUCAGCCGUUUCAUAGCACAGUCGAUGGUAAUAUGUGAACCAAUCUUUAAGAUGUUGAGGAAGGAUACUGCAACAAGUUGGACUGAGGAAUGUCAAAAAGCCUUCGAUAAAAUCAAGAAGUAUCUGUCCAAACCUCCUAUGUUGGUUCCACCAGAGCCCGGAAGACCUUUACUGCUAUACAUGUCUGUGUUGGAUGAAGCCUUUAGAAGCAUCUUGAGACAACAUGAUGAGAUCGGAAGGAAAGAACAAGAAAUAUACUAUCUGAAUAAGAAGUUCACACCUUACGAAGCUUGGAAUCCAUGGUUUCAUGCUAUCAGAGAGUACCUGGAAAAGGGAGGGUACCCAAAAAAUGCUACACACACUCAAAAGCGCACAUUAUGGAAGUUAGAUAACCAUUUAUUUCAGAGUGGAGGAAUUCUGUACAGAAGAUCUCCUGAUCUAGGAUUGCUAAGAUAUGUCGAUGCCAAGGAAGCAUCCAAAUUGCUCUAA